AUGUCACCUCGGACUUAUAUUGGUCCAUUUGGGAGGAUUCUGCCUCUUCCUGAGGGUUCUGAACCAGAACAACAGCUUCGUGAUGCAGUCGAGGAUCGCACAGAGCCUCGCCUUCCUCAACCUGAGUUAAACUUUGGUAGCGACACAACAAUAGGCCCGAGUGAUCCGACGAGUAUACCAACCUCGCCACUUCCUCCCUCUCAAGAUUCCGAUACUCCUCGACCGAACGCUCAUCAAGGGUCAGGCGACUCAAGGCAGUAUCCGCUUGGAACAAUCAUGCCUCCACAAGGCUCAUUUCAGGAAGCAUCCAAUAUUGCUUUUGGUUCACAUCCGUCUAGCAUGAUGCAGGGUGAUAGCCAUCUGUAUUCUCCAUAUUCAAAUCUAGACCUCAAUUCUCGAGGCUCGGUUCCCCUCAGAUCGCCAUUUUACCUAUCUCCCCAGCAACUUCCGCAGGGGACUUCCUUCCAGCAUGGGCCAGCAUUCGCCCAGCACUCCGAGAUACCAGCACAAGCUUCUUCGCAUUUCACUUCGCAUUAUGCUCAACCUGUAUCACCCCCGUACCAGAUUUCGAAGCGAGAGCCCGAUGAACGCGCCUUUACUAGUGCUACCUUGAAGGAGGCUUCCCCAUCGCAAGUUUCACCAAACGAAGUAAAGCCGAUGCCGAGGGUCAUGCGAGAAGAGAUUCGCCCUGAUCAAGGCCCGGUAUGGGUCUACGAGGACGGUACCACCUGCCCGAAGCUCAUCAACGGCGAGCUCGUGAACGCGGACUGGGGCGUAACAAAGGCCGGCAAACCUCGAAAGCGUCUUGCUAUUGCCUGUACCUCAUGUCGUGAGAAAAAAAUCAAAUGUGAUCCGGCAGAGCCAAAGUGUGCCCAAUGCAAAAAACUUGGCAGAGACUGCAAAUACUCGACUGUACCUCGUCAUCCACACAUCAGAUCAGAGUCCCCUUCUUACAAGUCCCAGGCGCACACUAAGUUCGUGAACGGCAAGACCGAUUCGAAGCCAUUUGACGAUCAUUACGAAGGAAAAGAUCUUCCCUGGAGUGGCAAAGUGGAGAGCCUCACGCCUCAGCACAAGCCCAUUACCGUGCCAGCUGUAGACGAGGGUCGGCAGAGCCUCAAAUUCGCAGAUCUCAGCCCUUCUAUAAAAAAGCGCAAGCUUUCCCCGCCGACAUGCCUUCAAGAUUUGCCAGAUGAUAGUAAAGGCCCCGACAUCUGCAACAAGGCGACUGGAGGAGCGUCCCCAUUUACCUACAGCCAGACGGUCAGUCGUUCUGAGCUUUGUACUGGUGACUUUGGCGGCAGCAUUGAAACAUGGUUCUUGAAUCACUACCUAGAACUUUUCUUCACCAAUGUUGGUAUUCAUAGCAAGCCUUAUCUCAACCAAGUAGUAUUCAUGGAAUGGCUCAAUACAGAUGAGGCCAAAUUACCCAGGUCUCUCAUCUUCGUCCACGCCAUUUUGGCGGUAGGGACAACGUUCUCGAAAAAAGAAGAACACAAAGCACAUGGAAAGUAUUUCAGCGAGGUCACUAAGAGGGCUCUGAGCAAUCCUCAAGACGACGAUUGCUCCCUGCUCUCGCAGACUCGCCUGUUCCUCGCGCUGUAUUAUAUGGCGUCGGCUGAUUGUAGUGAAGCUUGGAGCUUGGCAGCGUCUAGUCUACGUGUCAGUAUAAAAUCAGAAAUGACCAAAGAACACGCGCAGGGCAUUGGAUGA